GUGAUUUGAUACGACAGAAAAUAGAAUUACAGAAUGGUAUGUAAGACACGGGUGAAUGAGCUAUAUAUCAACAAGGUAGACGGGCGCGCCAGCACCUUCAUCGCUCACACCCUCCUGCAGACGACGUUCCUCCACUCUGAGUCAUCUCUCUUUCACCUAGUACUCCUCUGUUAUCCUCUUUGUGAAGAGAGGGUGAUGGAGGCUGGGCGGUCGGAAGUGGGCGUGAGCCGGGUGUGGGCAGGGCUGUGGGUGGGUGCCGCCCGGGCCAUCACCGCCCACGAGCUAGAUACCCGCGGCAUCACUACCCUCGUCUGGGCCACGCCUGAAGUAGACCCUCCAGAUCUCCCGGAUGAAGUUCGCGUGGUAAAGGUCCUCGUGAAGGAUGACCCGGAACAAGACAUCAGCCCAUAUUUCCCGGUGGUGGCCGAGGCCUUCAAGGAAUGUCGAGAUUCCGGCGGACGGGGGCUAGCAGUGGUAUGUCGGGCUGGGAUAAGCAGGUCAGCUUCCCUGGCCCUGGCGGCGCUGGUGGGUCAGACUGACCUUGAGGACAUGACCCUGAGACACGCUUAUCUCACCGUCAAGGCCGCCAGACCCUUCAUCAGGCCCAACUACGGAUUUUUCUCUCAGCUGAUUACUUACGAGGUUGAGGUGCGAGGACGGUCGACGGUGGCCAUGCAGGAGUCGCCGUACGAGGCCGGGGAGCAUGUGCCUGAGGUCUACCUGGAGGAGCUGAGUGACGGUCUGGGCUCCACCUUCACCUUCUUCCCCUUGUGACGAUGGGCUGCUGCGGGGCUUCUGCUGGUGGCUCUCCUGGCCUGGGCCCGGGCCACACCUUAGGCGCUUUCCAGCCGCCACCACCACCACUACUACUACUACUAAAACCAUCUGGGCCUUACCAAUAUCACCACCACCACUAACACCACCACCAACAACACUACCACCACCAACACUCCACAAACA